AUGUCAACGCUGACUGGGACUGAUAUCCCAGAUGUUAGUCAUGUGUCCUCCUGGUCAGAUGAGACUAAAGCUUUUGGCGGGGCUACGGAACAGCAAAAGGAUUUCAUGGUGGAGGAGAGCAGUGGCAGCACCACAAUGAAGCAUGAAAGCAUACAAUCUCAUGGUGACCUGUCCCAGCCAGAUGAUUUCUCCAACCUCCCUCAGAAUGGCCCUACUCUCACCAGGAUGAGCAGCCCUUUGCCAGUUGAGCCAAAUGAAACCAAGCCUGAUGUGAGCGACACUGGCACAGAUGGUCACCCGGUGAAGCGAAAGAAGGGUCCUGCCCCCAAGAUGCUGGGAAAUGAGGUGUGCAGUGUAUGUGGUGACAAGGCCUCUGGAUUCCACUACAAUGUGCUAAGCUGUGAGGGCUGCAAGGGCUUUUUCCGACGUAGUGUCAUUAAAAGUGCUCAGUACACUUGCAAGAACAAUGGACGGUGUGAAAUGGACAUGUACAUGCGACGCAAGUGCCAGCAAUGCCGCCUACGCAAGUGUCGUGAGGCAGGCAUGCUAGAGCAGUGUGUGCUUUCUGAAGAACAAAUUCGUCUGAAGAAGAUGAAGAAGCAGCAGGAUGACGAAACGGCUCGCUCGUCCACAGUGCUCACUCCCACUCCUCCACAAGAAGUAGCUUCACUGGAUCCACAGCAGCAGGAAAUGAUUGAGAAGCUGGUGGCUAUGCAGAAGCAAUGCAACAAGAGAUCCUUUCUCGAUCGACCAAAAGUGACACCAUGGCCACAGAAUCAGGAUCUACAGAAUCGAGAAGUGCGUCAGCAGCGUUUCGCCCACUUCACUGAGCUGGCAAUCAUGUCGGUCCAGGAGAUCGUGGAUUUUGCUAAGCAGCUUCCUGGAUUUUUAGAGCUCACAAGAGAGGACCAGAUCGCUCUGUUGAAGACCUCCACCAUAGAAAUUAUGCUGCUAGAGACGUCUCGUCGAUACAACCCUGCCAUUGACAGCAUUACAUUUCUGAAGGAUUUUAGCUACAACAAGGAAGAUUUUGCAAAAGCGGGCCUUCAGUUUGAGUUCAUUAAUCCCAUCUUUGAGUUUUCGAAAGGAAUGAAUGACCUGCAGCUGGAUGAGGCCGAAUACGCUCUGCUUAUUGCCAUCAACAUAUUUUCUGCAGAUCGGCCAAAUGUUCAGGAUCAUGAUCUUGUGGAAAGGCUGCAACAACCAUAUGUUGACGCUCUGCGCUCUUACAUCACAAUAAAGAGACCAAAUGACCACUUGAUGUUUCCACGGAUGCUGAUGAAGCUGGUGAGCCUUCGUACAUUGAGCAGCGUACACUCUGAACAGGUUUUUGCCCUUCGUCUUCAGGACAAGAAGCUUCCCCCGCUGCUUUCUGAAAUCUGGGAUGUCACUGAAUGA